AUGAGUGCAUUUUGGCGGCCUGGCACAACACUUCCAGGUGCUGAUGCCGAGGCGGAGGCAGCUCGAGAUCUUCCCAAGGAUGCAGAGGUUUUAGCUGUACAAUUUAAUCCGCUACAUGGGAUUCCUCUGCGUGCCCAACGUAAUCAACUGCCAGUGUUAAAGCACCGUGACGAAAUUCUAUACGCGGUCGAAACACACGCUACGACAAUUAUAGUGGGUGCCACUGGUUCCGGCAAAACAACGCAGGUGCCACAGUAUUUGCUAGAAGCUGGUUGGGCUGCAUCUCGCCCACAUAGAAAUUCAACAGAACCACGAAAUAGGGUCAUCGUAUGCACACAGCCGCGGCGCGUCGCAGCUGUGACAAUCGCAGAGCGCGUAGCCCAAGAAGUAGGCUGUAAUGUGGGUGAGGAUGUGGGUUAUGCAGUUCGAUUUGAAGAAAAGUGGGAUCCAGUGCGGACCAAAAUUAAAUUCGUCACGGAUGGCUUGUUGCUGAGAGAGACAAUGCGAGACCCGUUGCUGUUGCGUUACUCGGUUGUCAUGCUGGACGAAGCACAUGAGCGUAAUCUGGAGACGGAUUUGCUAUUAGGACUAAUCAAAAAGAUCCAGAGAAAGAGACCAGAUCUACGAGUGAUUAUCGCUUCUGCUACAUUGCAGGUGGACACGUUUGUGAGAUACUUUCGAAGCAAGAAAGAUAAAGCACGUGAACAGGGUCAGUCGUCUCUAAGAAACACACAAGUGACGCUAAUGGAUGUUGCUGCGGUGUCAGUUGAAGGACGACAAUAUCCCGUUGACAUCGAGUAUCUUCAGGAACCUUGUGGAGAUUUUUUGCAGAAAGCUAUCGAUACUGUUCUGGCUAUUGACGAACACGAAGGUGAAGGCGACGUGUUGGUCUUUUUGCCUGGUCAAGAAGAGAUUGAUUUUGUUAUCAGAGCACUGAAUGAUAGAGCACCAACACACAUCCUUUCCGUUCCACUGUACGGGACUUUGCCAUUACGUAUGCAACAAAACGCAUUUCUGCCAGCUCCUCGAGGCGUGCGUCGAAAAGUGAUUGUAGCUACCACCAUUGCUGAAACGUCUGUGACAAUUGAAGGUGUCGUUUAUGUGGUCGACGGAUGCUUUACAAAGCUUGCCUUUUAUAAUCCGAUAACUGGAGUCGAAGCGCUUAUUACACAUCCUUUAUCCAAAGCAUCAGCAAAGCAAAGAGCAGGUCGCGCAGGACGUUCACGUCCAGGAAAAUGCUUUCGACUUUGCACGCAAGACCACUUUCGCACCCAGCUUGCGAAAGAAACGAUUCCACAGAUGCAGCGGACAAAUUUAGCAACUGUGGCCUUGUAUUUGCUAAGCAUGGGAAUACAUGAUCUAGCACACUUUGAUUUUAUCUCGCCUCCUUCACCUGAGGCUCUUGUCCGAGCAUUGGAACUGUUGUUCUCGCUGGGUGCCAUUGACGAAGAGUGCCGUCUUUUGGAUCCAUUGGGCACGCAAAUGGCUGAAUUUCCAGUAGCGCCGACCCUGGCAAAAGUGUUGUUAGCAUCCUUUCGUUUUAGUUGCACGCAUGAGAUGGUCAGCAUCGCUAGUGUGUUGUCCGUAGGAGAUCUUUUUAUGAAUCCACGUGGUUCAAAAGAGAGACAAGAACAACUGGCACAAGCCUUGAAGCAUUUUGCCCAUCCGGAUGGCGACCAUAUGACGUACAUUUCUAUUUAUAAUGAAUUCGUGGAGAAUAACAAAAGUCGAGCAUGGUGCGAUGAAAAUUUACUGAGCUAUCGUGCACUCGUGCGUGCUACAGAGAUUCGUCGGCACCUAAGGCAAUACGUGACGCGUUUCAAGCCUAUUGACAUCAAUCGCGAGGACGAAAUUAUGAGUUUGAACAGCAGCUGUAAUGAAGACGAAGACAAGGCUCGCAGUGCUAAAAUUCGCAGAUGCUUGGUCACUGGAUAUUUCGCAAACGCCGCUAAGUUACACGCUGAUGGUGUCUAUCGCACUCUCCGCGACGAAAGACCAGUGCAGUUACAUCCAACAUCGAUUUACUAUCACAUGGGGAGCCUCCCAGAUUGGAUCAUCUUUCACCAGAGCGUGCUCACUACUGAAGAGUUUGUUCGCGACGUAUCCAGAAUUGACCCACGUUGGCUUGUCGAACUCGUUCCAGAUUUCUACCGUACGAAAGAAGUCAGCAAUGUCAUCUCGGGUAGCUCAGGGACAGUUGGUCUACCGUCUUCCUCGUCAUCCGAGAUGAAGAUUAAAAAGCCAAAGACGGACGCAGUAGAUGAUCGUCGCAUUUUAUUUCGAAAACCAAAGCGAUUUGGCCAGGAUUCAAAGCCUAAAUUGCCCGUGCACAUUGGCAAGAGUAAAGGCGGCCUACGGUCUCAAUUUUAG